ACUCACACUUGUCCCUCUCAUAUAGUGAAGUUUUGUCAAUAUUUUUAACUCAACUCUGUCCUAUAUAAUAACUUCUUCUCCUGAGUACAAUAACAUGCAAAAAACAGUUGCAUUGCUGCUAAUACUUUCUCUUGAUUCUUAUUCUCAGUUGUGAUUUAGGUUUGGUAUUCAAAUGGCGGAUAUUAGCAAUGGUACCAAAGGUUUUGCAGUGAAACAAGGAGAACCAACUCGGGUCCUUCCUGCAGAAGAGACAAAGAAGGGUCUUUAUUACCUGGGAAACCUUGACCAAAACAUUGCAGUCAUAAUUCGAACCAUUUACUUGUUUAAGUCAGAGUCUAAAGGGAAUGAAGAUGCUGCGGAACAAGUUAAAAAUGGUUUGUCAAGGAUUCUUGUUCAUCAUCAUCCACUUGCUGGGCGACUAACCAUCAGCUCCGAAGGGAAGCUCAUAGUGGACUGCACCGGGGAGGGGGCUGUUUUUGUGGAGGCUGAAGCUAAUUGUGGGAUUGAAGAGAUGGGGGACAUAACAAAGCCUGACCCUAACAUUCUUGGAAAGUUGGUUUAUGAAAUUUCUGGUGCUCAGAACUUGCUAGAGAUACCUCUUUUGGUGAUUCAGGUGACUAAAUUUAAGUGUGGAGGAUUUUCUAUUGGGAUGAGCAUGAACCACUGUAUGCUUGAUGGGAUUGCUGCUAUGGAAUUUGUGAAUGGAUGGGGUGAAGUUACCAGAGGCUUGCCAUUAAAGACCCCUCCAUUUUUAGACAGAACCAUACUGAAACCCCGAAACCCACCUAUGAUAGAGUUCGAGCACCAUGAAUUUGAUGAGAUUGAAGAUAUAUCAAACACAAACAAGCUGUAUGAAGAAGAAGAAAUGGUUUACAAGACCUUCCUGUUUGAUCCAGAUAAGCUUGGACAACUCAAGGAACAAGCCCUUGAAGAUGGGGUUUUAUCCAAAUGCACCACAUUCGAAGUCCUUGCAGGGUUUGUGUGGAGAGCUCGAUGCAAAGCAUUAAACUUGGUUCCUCAGCAAAAAACUAAGCUCCUCUUUGCUGCUGAUGGGAGAAAAAGAUUCAUACCACCAUUACCUGAAGGUUUUGCAGGUAAUGGGAUUGUUUUAACAUAUUCAAUCUCCACUGCCGGUGAGUUAGCUGAGAAGCCAUUAUCAUUUGCUGUGGGAUUGAUCCAACAGGCGGUCAAAUUGGCGACAGACAGUUUUAUGCGAUCAGCCAUUGAUUAUUUUGAAGUGACAAGAGCUAGGCCAUCUUUGGAUGGAACUGUUCUUAUUACAGCUUGGUCUAAACUAUCUUUUUACACCAUAGAUUUUGGUUGGGGAGAACCCAUUUCAACAGGGCCUGUUGCUUUGCCUGAAAAGCCAGUUCUGAUUUUCCUUCCUCAUCAGAAAGAUAAGAAAAGCAUUAAUUUACUGUUGGGGUUGCCUGUUUCAGCAAUGAAUAGCUUUGAAGAACUGAUGCAGGUUUAAGCAGAAGAAAGUUAUUUUAUGUCAGAUACUCAGAUUCAUAUGUUGCAUGCAUUCAUUAUCUGAGGAUUUUCUGACAGUGGGUUUUUGGUAAAUUGAAGAACAAAAUUAACCUCAGAUCAGAUAGAUUCUGAAUUCUGAGUCAUAUAAUUUGAAUUAUAAGUGGUUAUGUGUUCCGUCUAUAUUCCUUUGUUUCAGUCAUGUAUUGGGUUACUGUAUCCGAAUAAGAAAGCCUGAAAGGACCAUUGGUGAUUCA